GCAGCAACGGCGGGGACGUAAAACGAAACCACGGAAGCCUGUGCGCGUGAAGGCGGUUCGCACAAAGAUGAUUAAUUAGUAAAAUAAAGCCGACGGUAACCGGACGCCGCAGCUGAUCCGGGCUCGGGGCUCAGCAGAGGACACCGGCACAUGUGGAGGUUGUGUUUUCGGAACGAGGCCAGUUUUAAUAGGCUGCAGCGUCUGUGAGGCAGCCCCGUGCGCACUGGAAGCCCAGAAUUCAAUUGGUGGAACCAGGAGGGGAGCCCCGGCCUUUUCCACUGCAGGAGGAGCAGAGUUGGAGGAAACGGAGCGAGAGAGAGAGAGAGAGAGCGAGAGAGCGAGCUGCCAAGACAGCAGCAGCAGCAGCAGCCUGCGCAGUUUAGAAAGAACACGGCACUGCCUCCUCUGCUCUGCUGCACGGCAUGAGGGACUUCACCCAAACUGCGCACUGACUCUGCAGGAUGCACCGCUGCAGCUGCGUAGUUUGCUGAAGACGGACACACAAACCACUGCAGGAAUUUGACAGAGGAAUUGAGACGGACCGGUCGCUGACCACAGCUGCGACAUUUGGUUUCCCCCACUGAGCGGUUAUCAUUCCUGCCCCGCGCCGUGGCCUUGUAGCGGACAUGGGAAAUGUAAACAGCAGUCGGGCUGGAUUUUAAACUACGCACACGUCCCACGUCCUCCUCCCGCCCCCUCCUUCUCCUCCUCCUCCCGGGCUGUCCGAGAUGGAGAUGGAGACGAGGGUCGAGCCGGAGCAGGAGGGAGAGGCAGAGCCGCCCAUGCACAGCGUACACGGAACCAACCGGAUCAGACCGUCCUCGUACCGGGCCCUGCGCAGCGCCGUGUCCAGCCUGGCCCGCCUAGAUGACUUCAGCCGCGAGAAGAUCGGCGCGGGGUUCUUCUCCGAGGUGUUCAAGGUGCAACAUCGUGUGUCAGGUCAGGUGAUGGCCCUGAAGAUGAACAUCCUGGCCAGCAACAGAGCCAACAUGCUCAGGGAGGUCCAGCUCAUGAACAGACUGUCCCACCCUAACAUACUCAGGUUCAUAGGAGUGUGUGUCCAUGAAGGGCAGCUUCACGCUCUCACAGAGUACAUCAACGGUGGUAACUUGGAGCAGCUGUUGGGCAGUGACGUGUACCUGUCGUGGAGCGUGCGCCUCAGCCUCGCUCUGGACAUCGCCCGGGGACUGCAGUACCUGCACAGCAAGGGCAUCUUCCACAGGGACCUCACCUCCAAGAACUGCCUGGUGCGCUGGGAGGGCAGCGUGUGCUCGGCUGUGGUGGGAGACUUUGGCCUGGCGGAGAAAAUCCCAGAUUACAGUGAGGAGGAAGACCAGGAGCCUCUUGCUGUCGUCGGCUCCCCCUACUGGAUGGCCCCGGAGGUGCUCCGAGGAGAGGUGUAUAAUGAGAAGGUGGAUGUGUUUGCGUACGGCAUCAUCCUGUGUGAGAUCAUUGCGAGGAUACAAGCCGACCCUGACAUCCUGCCGCGCACUGAGGACUUUGGUCUGGAUGUGGAGGCCUUUCAGCAGUUGGUGGGAGACUGUCCUCCAGACUUCCUGGACCUGGCCAUCGCCUGCUGUAAUAUGAAUGCAACGCUCCGUCCAUCCUUUUCCCAAAUCGUAGCAGAGCUGGAGAGGAGACAAGCUGAGAGGAAACAGAAGGACGAGCCGGCGGUCAAAGCUGUUUCUCCAGCUCUUGGACCCCUGCGAAGACGAUCCCUCUGCCUCCCUUCAGACCCUCGCCUCUCCCGCAGCAAGUCCGACAUGCUGCACCCCCCGGACACCCCCCCCUCUGUUAACCUGGCACCUCCCACUCGGGUCAACCCCUUCUCUCAGAGGGAGGACCUCAAAGGCGGCAAGAUCAAGCUGUUCGACACUCCCAGCAAGUCGGUCAUCUCCCUGACCUUCACUCUGCCCCCGCCACCAGACUGUGACGACUCCUCUGCGUCUGAGGCCGACGGCGUCGACCUGCCCAGGAGGCACAGGCGCUGCCACUCGCUGCCUUGCACGCCCCCUCCUCACCUCACGUCGGCGCCGAACUCUGUCCUCACUGAGGAAGAGUCGACGUCGGAGAUAAACGGUGAGACAAAUGGCGAGAGCGAGGAAGACACACUGUUGGGAGAAGAGAAGGACAUCGGGGAGGGGAGCGGGAGGCACCAGGCAGGUGACUCAGGUCUUCCUCUGUCCCUUGAGCCCCUGUCACUGGACCAAGAGGAGGAGGGGGAGGAGGAAGAGGAGGAGGAGGAGGAGGAGCCCAUGGAUUGCACAAGCUCUCCCGACACGCAAGACAGCACUUCAUCUCCUUACUCCAAAUCCUCCACUCCCCUCCAACCCUCCCCCACUCCCUUUUCUAACGGCUGGGGGUCCGCCAUCUCAAACGGGCCUCCGUGCCUGCCUCCCCUCUCUCAUUUGGACAACAACAAUGUGGUCGUAAGCCGACCGCUGGGAUGGAGCACCCCUACCACCAAUGCCGCCACCACGACCAACAACAACGGCUACCA